AUGGCAAUUCUCAACUAUACUCUCGAGUACAAUGCAGUGUCAAGGCACGCAAAGACCGAGGAGACUUUGAAAAGCCAUGUGGCAAUUAUUAAUGGAUACAUUGGACUACUCAUGUUAGCCAGCUUUGGAGGUGUCCUUGCGUUAGUUAUUGCAGAGACGUACGUGGUUGUUCAAACGCGUCGAGAACCAUUGAAAGAACGAGGAAAAGCCUUAGGAACACUCCUCAUGACGCAAUUUCUGGGCAAACUUGUGGGUCAGAUCGUCUCGGACAAAAUCAUCUUUCACAUCACAAAGCUUGGGCUUACACCGAUCGUCUCGUUCCGACAAACAGCGUUGUUUUGUAUGUUUUGUUCGCUCGUGCCGCUAUUCGCGCUAGUUUUCUUCUUCCAUGAGGAUCCAGACCCGCCAGCGAUUAAUGAUGAAGGAGCAAAUUGCAGACCGACCGAAUCUCAUGAAUUCAUUUCGGUGGAAAGCGUAGCAACGAGUUGUUUUCAGGGAUUGCAGCUGAAUUGGUUUCGGCUACGAAGAGCUCUUGCCAAAGAAUCAACAGUGGACGUCAUUCGUUUCUUUAUGGGUUUUGUCUUCCUGUCCGAGUUCAAACUCACGUACCCUCAUGAUCAGCUUGAGCUUUGGUGCAAUUUUACUGAAAAGGCCCAGUCGUUAAGCAACAUCAUUUUGGGGGUAUUGUAUAUCCUGGCUGUAGCGGUCUGGAAAUAUUAUGCACUCAGUUGCAAUUGGCGUUAUGGCAUUUGGUUCAGCUUGUUGAUCAUUGUCAUGCUUCCGCAAGUCAUUUUCUUUUAUAUGGCUAUCUUAUCGACCAGUAUGCGAAGUCAACAAGCAUUCAUGUUCAUGACAGCGCUACGAGGAUUCUUACGGGGAGGUUUGGUCAUUUUGGAGGCUGUAUUGAGCGCAGAAAUCGCUCCAGUUGGUGGUGAAGGAGCUUUUUUAGGCAUCAUCAUCUCCAUGGGCAGCAUUAUGCGACUGUUGUCGACGACCUUUUCGAAUGCACUAGCUUUUAUGUUUGAAGACCCUACCAUAGUUGCCACUGAUCAGAUACGCGAUCAAGUAGCGUUCGGUCUUGGCGUAUGCUACUUCGUUAAGCUUAUAAGUGUCGUGGCGGUGUUUUCGCUACCCAGACAAAAACAAGAACUUCAGAAACUACAUCGUCACGGCGACACGGGUGACAAAAGUACAACAUGGUGGGUCCUAGGUUCACUUGGAUGUGCAUUCUUCAUCAGUGCGGUGUUCAACUUGUUAGCCAUUAUUCCUAGCACUACAUGCUUUGAAUUGUUUGGUGGUGGCGGCUGCAGCUAG